GGGCCGACCAGCGGGGAGCAGAUGGAGAACAUUUGAUCACGCGUUUGUUUUUCCGUCAAGUCCCGCUCGUCAUGUGAGGAUCGCCGUGGUGUUCGGCUGGGACAUGGACGACCUGGACGGCUCCUGGUCGGUGUCCCUGCGGGCGGCAGCAGCGGUCAACGCGAGCUGGACGGAGGGCGCGGGGGUCGGUGUGUCCAGGCAGACCCGGCUGGUCCUGGAGAUCCUCAUGGUGCUGAUGUGUGUGUGCGCGGUGGCAGGUAAUAUCCUUGUUAUUGUUAUUGUGGCUGCAACCAAGACUUUCCACUCGGUGACGUCGGUGCUGAUCAUGAACCUGGCCGUCAGCGACCUCCUGGUGGGCGUCGGAGUGAUGCCUUUUGUUGCUUUGUCCAUCGUAAACCGUGGCUGGGUGGAUUGUACUGACCUCUGCUUGUACGUGGGUUACACCUCCUCCGUGUACUGCACAGCCUCUGUGCUGACGUUAGCAGCCAUUGCCCUCGACCGCUACCACUCCAUCAUGGACUGCCUGCUCUACAACUCCCGCUGCACCCUGUGGAGGACCUGUGCCGUGGUCCUGUGGAUCUGGCUGCAAGCUCUGGUGACCAGUUGUCCUCCGCUGCUGGGCUGGAGCUCCGUCAGCUACGUGGUUCCCAUGUUCAGCUGUGCGGUCAACUGGUCCAGCAGUCCCAGCUACACGGCUUUCAUGGCUGCCCUGUCUUACCUCAUCCCGGCGGCGGUCAUCCUCUUCUGCUAUGUGAACAUUGUCACGGUGGCUCGCAGCCAUGCCAGGAGGAUUCACACUUUGGAGGACUCUGUCCAGCGCAGCAGGAAUCCAAGCUCUGCCUCCGCUCCCGGGGAUUCCCCUCGCUGGCCCUGUGGGAGCCUCCACAGCAGCAGCCCGGCAACACUGAUUUAUCAUGUGAGUGGACAGUUUGUGUCCGAGGUCAGCAGAGAGGAGGGGGAUUAUAUCAGCCCUUCUCUCCCUGAGUCGACAGCAGAGCAGAAUAGCCCUUCGGCCAGACGUCUGCUCUCCUUCCUGGCUCAGAGCGCCUCCCACCCCCCGCUGCAGAACUCCCAUCAGCACCAUAACCAUCAUGGACUGAUGCGUCUCUUUCUGGUCAUCUUAGCCUUCUUCCUCUGCUGGACACCGUAUAUUGGCGUGGCCCUAGUUCAGGCCACAGAAACUGCAAUCUCGGGCCAGUCCAGCCUCGUCCCCCCCUCUGCUGUGACCUUUUCGUACUGGCUGGUGUUGCUGAACUCUGACAUCAACCCGCUGCUGUACGCCCUGCUGAGCAAACGCUUCCAGGGCGCUCUUCAGUGUCUGAAGCAGAAAAUAAGAGCGCGUCUGGGGAGCGUGGUGGGCAGGGAAAGGGUGGUCAGAGCAGGGGGAGAAGACGGCAGGAGCAGUGGCCCCUGCACUCUGACCACCACCCAUCUGGGUCAACCCUCCAGCUCCGAGAGUUCAACCUGUGAUGACGCCAAGUAUUCCUCCUCCAUUUUUACCGUGAGCACUGGCUUCAAACAUCACUCAACCUCCCCGUCCUUCUCGGUGUGGCAAGACGCCAGAGGUGAAGGAAGGCUGGACUGCCUGCAGGUCCCCUCGCAGCCACAAGGGGGCAGCAGAUUACCUUUCUCUGCUCUGACCCAGGAGCGCCAGGCCACUUUCUUCUACGGACAGAUAACAGUUCGAGUAGAGCAUGAUGUGUGUUAGUUUAAUACCUGCAGAUGCCGGGGCAGCAACACUUUUAUAGGGCUAACAAUUAUUUUUAUUAUUGAUUAAUUGUUGGUUAUUUUCUCAGUUUAUUGAUUGGUUCUGAAAAUAUUCACAUUUGAGAACCUAUAAUCUUGAUGUUUGGGGGCAUUUUCACUUAAUGCCUCAAAUGAUUAAUCAAUUGUGAAAAUAGUUGCCUAUUAUAGUUAUGUCAAUCAACUAAUUUGGUAUUAAAGUAAAAUAUUAAAUAUAUUAAAAGAUUAUCUAAAUGAUUUGCAGAUUAAUUUCAUGUUGAUGAAUCAAAUGAUUGUUUCAUUUCUAGCAGAGAUCACUGCAUUUGUUUCAACUCAUGUUUCCUGUAGCCAUUUACAGUGCUCUCACUGAAACACACAAACCUGGACAGGGAAGUGUAUUGAAAAGAAAUAUUUUAUAUAGCACAUGUGAUUACACUUGAAGACACCCAACAGUUGAUCUAAUAAACUCAUCAUUUAUUCUCUCUAAAUAGUUUCUCCUCAAAUGUGAUAAUCAUAUGUUGCAUCUCAGUGUAAAAAUCAUCAUUCCUUACAAAGGUUUACAUUUAUGUCUUACAAUAAUUCCAGAGGAAUACAAUAUUAUAAUGUAUUGUCAUAGAUCAUGACAAUGGGAAACAGUGCUAAUGUUUUCUAUUGCAAAAGAAAGAAAAGGCAGUGAAGUGGACUCCAGCUGUAUCCACUCACACAGUAUGGGCAUGCACGUCCUGCAGAUGUCUCUCGCUGUCCUCUCGAGGUCAGCAACCAAACGCAAACACAUAUAAAAAAGUUCUGUAAGAUGAGUUAAGAGUUUGUUCCAAAACAACUCAGAUGAGUACAAGAAGGAUCGUAUUAAAGAGUGUCUCUGCAGCAGUCUGGUGUGUAAAAAACUGAUGGCACGAGCAUGUGUGGUCGAGUGAUGUUCAUACAUUCACAACAAGGCGGAGUUACCACGAGUAGCUUUGCCAUGCGCCGGCCUUCGUCCAUCUCGGGUUCCUCUUGGUUGUUAUCUUGCCUCAGAAAUGCGAUUGAUGGAAACCGAUACAUUAAGACAGUUUAUGAUAAAGAGCAGAGGUGGACAAAUGGGAGUUAGUCUCAUGUGUUAGCACACCUCUUCUCAAGCCACAGGGAGACGUCACUGUUUCUCUUCUACUUCUUUUUGUUCAUCGGGCAAAAAAUAUAUAUAAGUGAUAAUUGCUGCAGAUUAGUUUGUGUGCAUUUACUGUAUGUCCAGAAAGUUUCGUGAUAACAAUGCAAAGGGAGGCUCAGUGAUGGCUAUGGUGGAUGUUCAAAGUUAUUAAAGGGGUAGUUCUAAGUUUUCAUGUCAUAAUAAGCUGUUAGUGUGUUUAGUCCAUCCAAAGAUUUGUAUACCCGUCACAUUAAUGGGCCAGUUAAUAGUUUUAAAAGCUUACGGACAAUUCAAAACACAUUUUAUAUUAUAUAUGAAUGACAAUACUUUUCCUGUUCAUACAUGUAUUGCCUAUAUCGCUUGGUUAAUAAACUGUUUUCUGCCGGUGUCUGACA